CGGCUCCCGCCCCCGCGCCGCCCGCCCGCCAGCCGGCCGCGCCCUCGCUCCGGAGCUGCACCUUCGGCGGCCCAGGGACAGCGUUCCUCUCCUGUCUUCCGUGCUCACCAGGGCACCUUUAGACACUUAAAUGACCAAGAAAGGAGGGAGAUGGAAACGUGCCAGUUCAACCCUAGACCAAACACCACCCCCAGACGGGCGAACACUCCAGAUUUAAAGAUAAAGAUGGCAUACCCUGAAGAUUUUCGAGGAUCCAGGAGAAUCCACGCAAAGUGACAGUGACUUGUAAAGCGCUUGAACCACGGUGUGUGCUCAACAAACGGUGGUUAUUUUUAAGAUCGUCCUCAUCAUCCCAACCCUCUGAGUGACAGCCCUCUGCAGAACAUUCCUUGGGAUAUGUUGGAAGACAGUGUUGACUGAGGCUGCCAGGUCUUUGGGGACGUAAGGCUGCUCUACAUCUAGAACCUGAACAGGUCUCUUCUGGACUCGAUGUUGACAGGCCCAGAUUAUGUAAAGGAUCAUCUCCCUAAAGUUGCUCAGCAUACUUCCUAUAUAGGAGAAAAGCGUCCUGCAUUAGAAAAAACUGGAGAUCUCAGAUAUUUACAGAGGCCUGCCUCAAAGAGAAGCUUGCCGGCCAGAUAUAAACCUGAGUAUGUUGGUGAAAUUGGUUGGGGAAUACCAGUGUAUGAUUUUAUCAACAAAACAAGGCUUCAGACUGGCUUUCGCGUUAAGACCAUGAAAACAACAAGCGAGGCACAUAUCACUGAGAUGCACUCUCUGUGCUGUGUUCAAAGCCAUUCCGUGAAGAAUAGCGGGUUUGGAAGGAGAAGCACCUCUGCUGAUAGCUGGGGACACUGCCACUCCACAUGUCACCAGGCAUCCCAGCCCCGGCCAAAUGUGGGCUUCCUCCUUGUGGCUUAUGAAGAGUUCAGUCAAGCUGCUGUUGAGAAACUAAGCCACAGAUACCAGAACCCAUGGCAGCCGAAUCCUUCUGUUAUGGACGCAGAAGGAAGCUUCAGUCGUGGUUUCAUUGCCUGGCAUAUGGGUGAUUAUGAGGACACCAAUCAAAGGAACUCCAAACGGGCCGUCCUCCUCCGGCAGAGCCAGGUAGCAUUGCCAAGAGUUUCCAGACCGCCUAAGCUGUCAAAGCUACCAAAAGAGCAGGAGAAAAGCAGACUUUGGCCUCUAAAUCAGCAUGAUGCAAGUUGCUACUAGAAGGAAAAACUGCCUACAAAUGUAGAACAAGCAUCAGGUUGUAACAUGCCACAGGCGGUGCCUUCUGUGUUACCCCUGAGAACAGGCCUCCUACAGUUUAAAGCCCAAAUAAAGGUUUCAGUGAAAAGGUGGUGUCAGUCUUUAAAACCAUGAACACUGUUGACACAACUGGUUCUCACUAAGUUACACUAACAGUAGCUGUUUCCUGAGUGUGUAUAACAUCCAACACUACUUCAAGUGCUCUACCUGAAUUAUCUCACUUAAUUUUUAUAACCAGACAGGAUAGGUUCUGCUGUGCCCCAGCUUCGACAAGGCACACGAUUCAGAAGCAGAGAAGCCUGGGUCUGAGUCCAGGCCACUGAAAGCCCACGGACUGGCCACUACUGUCCACUGGCUGCCAGGGCAUCUCAUCUCGCCUGAGCUUGGACAGGUAGAAAGCAGCACCUUGGAGGAUUCUCACACAUGCCUGUUGCCUAGGUACCAUCUUCACUUUGCAGAGGAGAAAGCUGCGGCCCCCGAGAUGCCCGACGAACCAACGGCAAAGCCCGGACGUGACCCCCAAGAUGUCCAGUGGCGCCCCGUGACGCUGUGCUGUCACCUGAAGUGACGGCCAGUGUUUCAAAGCACCUCCUCCAAGGACACCUUCCGAGGAGUGUGGCGCACCUGCAGAUCUGGUCACGAGAGCUCAGGGGAAACCGUCCAUGAGCAACCAGGGAGGUGGCUCAUAUUCAGCCUCCUACUUGGUUGUCAAUAGCUCUGCAUCUUUUGCGGAGGCCGGAGGCUGGAAGGGAGAUGCUGUUUGGUUUGGGGCUGACGGAGGGGGAGUCCAGAAAGCUGGUGAGCUCAUCCCAGCUGCAGCCCCGCCAACUCGCGGGGCUCUGCCCUGUACGUGCCCUUCAGCUGCGCUUCUGCUCUGGAAACCUUGCUCCCUUCCUUGCUAAAUGUAUUUUCUCUUGAUCUCUCUGCACACAGACACACAGACACACGCACAGGAAUUUGUUUUGCAUAUUAUUUCAGGGACUCAGGGAGAGCUGCUGAUCAUUUUCUUGGAGUUUAGGGGGUCUGUCUACUGUUUGUAUUUAAUGUAACGUUAUCAAAGUGAUUUUAAAAUCCCAUUCGAAAAGCAACAAUUGAUACCAUCCCCUUUGGCUAUGGUGCUUCGGCAUUUUAAGUGUUUACACGAACGAUAUUCUAUUUAUCCAUAACAACUUUGGGAGGAUGGUCUCUGAACAGAUGGAACUAGUCCCUUCGGAAGCUGGCUGGCUUGCAUUUGACCUGAGGACGGGAAAACCAAUGAGUCCCCCAAAGGAGGAUUUUAAAUUUCCCUUUAUGCUCGACCCCUGCCCCCAUACCUGACCUGUUUCUCCAUGUAACUUGUUCAAAAAGACUGUGUCACUCUGUGCUCUCUGUCUCCAGAAGGACUAUUGCUACUGAAUCCAGCCCGUGUGCUGGUUUUGUGUCACACGCUCUGUUUUCACUGAUGCUAACAUCCAGUUAGACUAAAAUCAAUACACAGGAAUUCGUGACUUUAUAACCACGAUGCUGCGGAAAUGCUUUUUUAGCUCAUUUCUCUGAUGGUCUGAGAACGAUACUUACAAAGUCGGCGGGGAGGUGAAGCCUGUAAAGCUGGAGGAUGGACUGAAGCAAGCUGGACACCUGGCUUGAGACCAGGACGUCCUGGCCGAGUUUCGUGCUGUCCACCGCCUUCCUCUGACUUGUGGCCACCUGGACGCUCCACUUGUCCGUGUCUGCAAUGAUGCACACGGCCUCGGCGAUGGGCUCGUCGAGCACGGGGUGCUGCGGGACAGACACACGGGGUCAACUCUUCACCAUGCUUCCGGUGACAUCAGAACGUCCAGAACUUUCUGUGCAGCGUCAGACUCAGGGGCAGAGGUGAUGGCGGGACCCGAGCUGGGGUGUCAUCCCACAGUCAUUUAAAUGUUAACUUGACAAAACUACACCCAGUCAUUAUUUCCUUCCCGCGCCCAGGGGGCACACUAUAAGCGUCAUCAAACAUGCAGAGGUAAGCAAAAAGGCCUGUGAUCUCCCUACAUCCCAGGACAUUAAAGCCCAUUUCCUUCUGGAAGACUGCA